UAGGACUCGUCCCGGUGUGAGGCGGUGCUGUCGGCGAGAGCUCAGCUCAGAUGCCUUCACAGACCUCAGCAGAGACUUCUGAACAUCUCUUACACUGAAAUUACUGCUGGAUCCACCUGACUGGAGAGGAUUGCAUUAAACAGAUCUGAAGUCUAUCGGAUGCGCUCCUCUGGAAUGAGCCCUUGCUGACACCUUGCUCCUGGACUCUGUCAUCGUUCCUGAGUACAGGCGUGGUUGUUGCAGUAACCAUGACAGCAUUGCCGUUCCGGGUCGGACCGCUGUCCUUCGCUGGACUUGUCAUCUUCCUCCUCCUCUCUCUGCCUCUCGUCACAUCACAGACGCCAUCACUCCCAGCGGCCUUUGACCCCGAGUCUGUGCCCUCUCUGCCUGAAGAGUGCCGGAGAAAAAUGCACCCCGUUACCUCCUACACAGCUUUGAGCCCGUGGCUGUCCUCUUUCUCUCUGCCUGGAGUGAAUGACUACUCACCGCUCGCACUCGACCUCACCAGGAACCAGCUGAUAGUGGGAGCCAGGAAUCAUCUCUUCCGGUUGAGUUUGAGCAACGUCUCUCUCCUGCAGGCCACAGAGUGGGGUGUAGAUGAGAGCACCAGGAGGUCCUGCCAGAGCAAAGGAAAGACUGAGGAUGAGUGUCAGAACUAUGUCCGUGUCCUCCUGUUGAACGGCAGUCGUCUGUUCACCUGCGGCACUAAUGCUUUCAUGCCCAUCUGUACGACUCGCCCUGUUACGGACAUCUCCAGCGUCCUGGAGUCCAUCAGCGGUGUGGCCCGCUGUCCCUACGACCCUCGACACAACUCUACAGCUAUGAUAACUGAGAGUGGAGAAGUCUACGCAGCUACAGUGACUGAUUUCUCUAGCCGCGACCCGAUUAUUUACCGCAGUCUGGGGAACAUGCCACCCCUGCGGACCGCACAGUACAACUCCAAAUGGCUCAAUGAACCUCACUUUGUCUCUGCAUACGAGGUGGGCCGCUUCACGUACCUCUUUCUGAGAGAGAACGCAGUAGAGCAGGACUGUGGGAAGACGGUCUUCUCUCGUGUGGCCCGCGUGUGUCAGAAUGACAUUGGUGGUCGUUUCCUGCUGGAAGACACAUGGACCACCUUCAUGAAGGCUCGACUCAAUUGUUCCCGCUCUGGAGAUGUUCCCUUCUACUACCAUGAGCUGCAGAGCACCUUCUACCUCCCUGAGCAAGAUCUCAUCUAUGGAGUCUUCACCACCAACGUGAACAGCAUUGCUGCGUCAGCAGUGUGUGCGUUUAACCUCAGUGCCAUCACACAGGCCUUUAACGGACUCUUUCGCUAUCAGGAGAACCCUCGGACCAGCUGGCUUUCCACUCCCAACCCCAUCCCAAACUUUCAGUGCGGGACAGUGAAUGAUUCAGGUCCAGGCGGUAAUCUAACAGAACGCAGUCUUCAAGACGCCCAGCGGCUCUUCCUCAUGAGCGAGGUGGUUCAGCCCAUCUCCACGGAUCCUCUGGUCAUGCAAGACAACAUCCGUUUCUCCAGACUGGCUGUGGACAUUGUUCAGGGGAGAGACAUGCUCUACCAUGUCAUGUACAUCGGCACAGAGUAUGGCACCAUCAUCAAGGCCUUAUCCACAACUAAUAAGAGUCUGCGUGGAUGUUACUUGGAGGAGAUGAGCAUUCUCCCAGAAAGCAUGCAGGAGCCAAUCCUGAACCUGCAGAUCCUGCACAGCGAUAGGUCGCUUUUUGUGGGACUUCCCAGCAGAGUGCUGAAGAUCCCUCUGGAGAGAUGCUCUAACUACAGAACUGACCUGGAUUGUCUGGGUGCCAGAGAUCCGUACUGUGGCUGGGACCGGAAACAGAAGCGCUGUACGACGAUUGAGGACAGUUCCAACAUGAGCCAGUGGAGCCAAGACAUCAUAAAGUGCCCUGAGCGUAACCUCACCCAGGAUGGUGGAUUUGGCCAGUGGUCACCAUGGCAGGCUUGUAACCAUGACGACGGAGGUGAAGGCACCAGCACAUGUCAGUGUCGCACUCGGGCCUGUGAUAACCCUCGACCCCAGUGUGGAGGGAUGAAGUGUGCCGGGGCCAACAUCGAGGUGGCCAACUGCUCCAGGAAUGGAGGCUGGACUCCCUGGUCGUCCUGGGCCGAGUGCAGCACCAGCUGUGGCAUUGGAUUUGAGGUCCGUCAGCGAUCCUGCAACAACCCGGCACCCCGACACGGAGGACGCAUAUGUGUGGGUCAGGCGCGAGAGGAGAGAUUGUGUAAUGAAAAGAAUCCGUGUCCUGUUCCGGUGUCCUGGGUCUCCUGGAGCGCUUGGUCCAAAUGUAGUGUUGCCUGUGGUGGUGGAGUCCAAUCCCGCGUUCGGACCUGCGAGAACGGAAACACGUGUCCUGGUUGCCCUCUGGAGUAUAAGGCGUGUAAUUUGGACGCGUGUGCUGAAGUGAGGCGGACCACCCCGUGGACACCCUGGUACCCUGUUAAUGUGACUCAGAUGGGGGCGAGACAGGAGCAGAGGGUCAGGUACACCUGCAGGGCUCUCCUCGCUGACCCUCACGACCUUCAGCUCGGCAAACGCAAGAUAGAGACUCGCCUCUGUCCCACCAGUGACGGAGCUGCUGCCUGCGAGUCUGACGGUCUAGUUGAGGACUUGUUGAGAAUGGGUCGACCAGUGACACGAGUGCAAGGAGCUGCCUGGUCAUCAUGGGAAACGUGGUCUGCGUGUUCCAAAGAGUGCUCCAAAGGCUUCCGCACACGCAAGCGUUCCUGCGCCACACCGGAUGGCAAGAGCACGCCGUUCGCCUGCAGCGGAGCGCCCGUUGAGUAUCAGGACUGCAACACUCAGCCGUGCCCAGUGAAGGGGGCGUGGUCAUGCUGGUCUUCCUGGUCUCAGUGUUCUACUUCCUGUGGCAGCGGUCACUACCAGCGCUCCCGUUCCUGCUCUAACCCUUCUCCUGCUCAUUCUGGAGACAUCUGCAUCGGCCUGCACACGGAGGAAGCGCUCUGUAACAUACACGAGUGUGAAGGUGGGUGGGGGGCGUGGUCAGAGUGGGCGGUGUGUAACGAGGAGGGGCUGCAGCUCCGGAUUCGUACAUGUGAAAUAAGCUCCGCCUCUUGCCAAGGAAACUCCACAGAUCAGAGACAGUGUCGGCCCAAUGAGAGCGCAGUGCUGUCAAAGGGACAGAAGAAGAGCACAAACUGUGGAGGGUUUUCUCUGUUCCAUUUGGUGCUGACUGGAGCGUGCUGCUUUCUGGGAGCUGUUUUGUUGUCAGUCCUGGUGUAUGUGUACUGUCAGAGACUCCGCAAACCCCCUCAAGAAUCCGCAGUUAUCCAUCCCAGCACCCCCAACCACCUACACUAUAAAGAGAACAGCUGUGCGCCCAAGAACGACUUAUACACACCCAUGGAGUUCAAGACUCUGAAUAAGAAUAACCUGCUUCCACCGGAUGAAAGCUGCAACUUCUUCCCAUCAGCUUUACCGCAGACCAACGUCUACGCCACCACAUAUUACCCGUCUCCUCUGGGCAAAUACGACUUCCCUUCCAUGGAUUCACCCUGCAGCUACAUGCACAGCUGAUGCAUGGACACACAUCUCAUGCUUUCUUAGGGCUGUGUGACCACGGUUACGCACCCUCAUCCGUCCAUGCAGAUGCAUUGGAAAAUGCAUGGAUCCACAGGAAGGCUGAGCGCAUAAUCUGCAACGAUGCAGGAAAAUGCAAAGGAGUGAUGUUCGGAUAAGAUGGGCCCAUGUAGUUUUCUUGUAGCAUUUCCUUUCCUAAAUGUCAUCACGGGUUCAGCUGAUCACAUGCGUCGUAAUAACUACAGACUGACACUCACAAAGCAUGCACACUUCUUGCAACGCAAAGGAGCAAGAGGAAUUCUGUGAUCAAGUUUAAAACUGAAUUGUGAUGUACUACUUCAUGUGCUGGCGUCUUUGUGUUGUUUUUCAUAAUCGAAAAACUGUAACGCAGAACUCACUUUGAGUCGUAAAGCAUGAAGGCUUCCAGACAGCUGUGACAUCUCACAGUAAUCCUGAACAUCUGUUUCUCUUAUUUGUUCCUGGUUUACGUCUUUUUCUGCUCCAGAACUCCAAGAACUAGAAGGACGUGAGAUCCAUGGAAUCAGGAUUACCGGUAAUGUGACUGGUUAACAUCAGUGAUGAAAGAGUCUGUUAUCUUCAGUGUCCAAUGAAAGACGGAGCUCAUGGCUAUAUGGCCGUCACACACCGUUACUAUGGCUAUGGAGACACUUUAAAGGGAAAGUUCACCCAAAUACGGCAGUUCUGUCAUCGUUUACUCGACCUUAUGUCAUUACAAACAUUUAUGACUUUUCUAAAGGCAAAACAUCACAGGCAAACAUGGUAAAAAAAAAAAAAAGUAAAGUCUUCUGAAAUGUUAUGUUUAAAUAUGCAAAUGAUGCAUUAUCUAAUUAAAAUAAUGCACUAAUUUGCAUAUAUUUAAAGAACAGAAAUCUGACCGUUGGAUGAAGCCAGGCUCAAAAUUCUUGUUUCAUUUUGUUGAAAUAUUAGACUUAAAGGUUUUUACAGAGGGAGAUCUCUUAUCACUCCAUAAAUCAUAAAAUACUUUCAACAUUAGAACAGAAAAUCACCAUGUUUUUAGGAGGAACGUGUUAAAUGAAUCAGAAGAAUGAUAUAUGAACAAAACCCUCUGUAUAAACCUACAGAAUCUAGAUUCUAUAAAGUUUAGUUUAUGUAAGUGCUGCUGAAGUAGAGAUUUCUGACUCGUUGAGAAAACAGCUUUUAAAGAUAUGCAUCAAAAAUGAAAUCUACAGGCACAAAUCAAUCAAAUGUAAUAAACUCUUAAAUGUGUAUUUUGGAUGUUUUCUUGCCACUGGUCUAAAAGAAGACAAGUUGUGGAAGUAAAAUAGGCCACAUUUUCAGUUAACCUGUGCAUGAAAAAAACAAGAAAACAAGCAAUGGUUUUGCUUUGCCUUCAGUGGAAGAUGAUUUGAAGGAUGUUCAUGCUGCUCCUUUUCCAUGCAAUGAAGUAUUCAGGGCCUGUCAAGCUCACAAAUACACAAAACCAUGCUAUAAAAGUAUCAUAAAAGCCAUCCAUAUGACUUGUGCACCAUAUUCCAAGUCUGAACCAUGCAGUAGUUUUAAACGAGAAACAGAAAUUUAAGUUACCUGCUUUAAUCUUUUAAAAUUCAAAUUCAUAUAUUCAAACCUUUUCAAACAAUAUUGUGUAAAAGAGUGUUUCGCACAUUCUGUCAGACUUCUUUUUCUCUGAUAAAUGGAGAUGAUGAAAUGGCACGAGGAUGAGUAAAUAAUAACAAAAUAUAAACAUUUUGGUCAAUCAUUUCAGAUAAGUUGUUGCUGAACCAUGGCAGUCUGAAACAGCUCUGUGUGAGUGUUAUUGAAUCUAAAGGGAUGUACGUUUGUAAGUAUGUGUAUAUUUGUAGCUGGCAUUAUAUAUUUAUAUACAAAUUAUGUUUUUUGUUGUUUUUUUGGAUGGAAUCAGGUAUUUUUUUCUUGGUAUAACUCCACAGUGAACAUACAACAAUGGGAGCAGCAACUGUUGUCUUCAGUACACUAUAGUGCUCAGAUUCACACCUAUUUCUUGCUAUUACAGUUUUUUUUCUGUCUGGGAUUGUGUACAGUACAUGUUUAAUGAAAAUAUGUUUUCUGAAAUAUUUUAAGCUAAUUCUUUCCAGUGAGCCCAUAUGAACAUCAGUUGCAGACGCAGACAGUCUGGUUGGAUGUUGAAUAUGGCAUUAGAGCGAAGCGUGUGUGCCGGAGCUGGACGCUUUUUUACGCUGAUGUUGCAUGGAUGCUGCAUUAUCUGAAUGCAGACAGUUCUCUAUGCAAUAAAAAAAAAAAGAAAAUGAUUUUCCAACACAUGAUCACUGCCUUUAUACACUGUGAACUUUUGCUAUGUUUUUAUAUGUUGUACAUUGUAAAAAUAAAUAAAUAUCCA